GACAUGACGGCCGCAGGUCGCAGCCCCCUGGAGCCGCUCCUGGAGACUUGGGAAGACCCCUCGGUGUCUCCCGGAGAGCAGACGGACGCCUACCUAACUCUGACCAGUCGUAUGACUGGAGAAGAAGGAAAAGAAGUCAUUACAGAAAUUGAGAAGAACCUUCCUCGGCUGUACACGGUUUUAAAGGCUCAUAUUUCCAGUCAGAACUCUGAACUGAGUAGUGCUGCUCUACAGGCCUUGGGAUUUUGCUUAUAUAAUCCCAAAAUUGCCUCCGGACUGUCAGAGGCAAAUAUUCAAGAACUGCUUUUAACCUUGAAUGGUAUCAUUAAGAGUUCAGACAAAAAUGUGUGUACCAGGGCACUGUGGGUAAUAUCCAAACAGACAUUUCCUAGUGAACUUGUUAGCAAAAUGGUAUCCAGUAUUAUUGAUUCAUUGGAAGUGCUACUAAGUAAAGGAGAGGUACAUUCUGCAGUUGUUGAUUUUGAAGCUUUAAAUGUUAUUAUCAGGCUAAUUGAACAAGCCCCAGUUAAAAUGGGAGAAGAAUCUGUGAGGUGGGCCAAAUUGGUCAUACCAUUAGUUGUUCACUCGGCACAAAAGGUACAUUUGCGGGGAGCCACUGCUCUGGAGAUGGGGAUGCCAUUGCUGCUUCAGAAACAACAAGAAAUAGCCUUGAUUACAGAGCACCUUAUGACUACUAAAUUAAUCUCAGAACUCCAAAAACUAUUUAUGAGUAAAAACGAGACUUAUGUAUUAAAAUUAUGGCCUUUGUUUGUCAAACUUCUUGGAAAGACAUUGCACCGAAGUGGGAGUUUCAUCAAUUCUUUGUUACAGCUGGAAGAACUGGGCUUCCGUAGUGGAAUACCCAUGAUUAAAAAGAUAGCCUUCAUUGCUUGGAAAAGCUUAAUAGAUAAUUUUGCUUUAAACCCAGAUAUACUUUGUAGUGCAAAAAGACUCAAGUUGUUAAUGCAGCCUUUGAGUUCCAUCCAUGUGAGAACAGAAACAUUAGCAUUAACAAAAUUAGAAGUUUGGUGGUAUUUACUGAUGAGACUUGGACCUCAGCUCCCUGGCAAUUUUGAGCAGGUUUGUGUGCCUCUGAUUCAGAGCACAAUAAGUGUUGAUAGCAUUGCUACACCACAAGGCGGUUCAUCCCGAGGGUCUACUUCUCCUGGCUUAAGUCCACUGACUCCUGGACAUAAAGGUGCUUCUCCUUAUGGAGUUCCUGCAACUCCACGUGUGAACCCAAGUUCAAAUAUAGGUGGAAUGGCUUCAAUUCCUUCCAUUCAACUUUUGGGACUGGAAAUGAUGCUUCAUUUUUUGUUGGGUCCAGAAGUCCUGAAUUUUGCUAAGCAACACAAACUUGUACUGAGCUUAGAGCCCCUGGAACACCCACUAAUCAGUAGCCCUUCUUUCUUCUCCAAGCACGCACACACACUUAUCACUGCUGUUCAUGAUAGCUUUGUCGCAGUUGGCAGGGAUGCUUCAGAUGCUGUAGUCAGUGCUAUCUGGAAGGAACUAAUUAGCUUGGUGAAGUCAGUUACUGAAUCAGGAAACAGAAAAGAAAGAUCAGGCUCUGAAGUUUUGACUCUCCUACUAAAAUCUUUGGAAAACAUAGUGAAGUCAGAAGUGUUUCCUGUAUCAAAAACACUGGUCCUCAUGGAAAUUACAGUUAAAGGACUUCCUCAGAAAGUAUUAGGUUCACCAGCAUAUCAGGUUUCUAAUAUGGAUAUUCUUAAUGGUACUCCAGCAUUAUUCUUAAUCCAGUUAAUUUUCAACAACAACCUUGUAGAAUGUGGUGUAGCAGAUGAAAAGUUUUUUCUCAAUCUAGAAACACUUGUAGAAUGUGUACUUUCUGGCCCAACUUCACCUUUGGCUUUUAGUGAUUCUGUAUUAAGUGUGAUUAAUCAGAAUGCAAAGCAGUUGGGAAAUAAAGAGCAUCUCUGGAGAAUGUGGAGUAUUAUAGUCACUCCCCUGACUGAUGUGAUCCAUCAGACCAAUGAAGUAAAUCAAGGUGAUGCCUUAGAACACAAUUUUAGUGCCAUCUAUGGUGCAUUGACUUUACCAAUAAACCAUAUUUUUUCAGCUCAAUCAUUUCCCAUGGCCACUAUGAAGACUUUACUUAAAACUUGGUCUGAAUUGUAUAGAGCAUUUACACGCUGUGCUGCUUUGGUGGCAACAGCAGAAGAGAAUUUGUGCUGUGAAGAACUUUCUUCUAAAAUAAUGUGCAAUUUGGAAGAUGAAGUCCUUUCAGAUUUGUUAUUCUUGGACAGGAUCUCUCAAAUUAUUAUUGUAAUGGUUGAUUGUAUCGACUUUUCACCAUAUAAUAUUAAAUAUCAGCCCAAAAUCAAAUCACCACAGAGAUCUUCAGAUUGGUCCAGAAAGAAGAAGGAACCCCUUGGAAAGCUGGCUUCUUUAUUUAAGCUAAUUGUGAGAGUGAUCAACUCUUUCCACACUCUGAGCUUCAAGGAAAAGUGUUCUGAUGCAUUGUUUCCUAUUGGUAACUCUAUCAUAAGCAUGCUUUCCAAUAUAUUUGGACAUAUUUCCUUGCCUUCCAUGAUCCGAGAAAUAUUUGCAACUUUUACAAGACCUAUGGCUUUACUGUAUGAAAACUCAAAGCUUGAUGAAGUUCCUAAAGUGUAUAGUAGUUUGAACAACAAGUUAGAAAAGCUCUUAGGAGAAGUGGUUGCUUGUCUCCAGUACAACUACUCUGGAGCUUAUGACAGUGAACUUCUUGGACAACUUUCUCCACUUCUGUGCAUAGUGUUUCUUCACAAGAAUAAACAGAUUCGGAAACAAAGUGCUCUGUUGUGGAACGCUACGUUUGCUAAAGCAACAGCUCUGGUUUAUCCUGAGGAAUUAAAACCGAUAUUAAGAGAAGCUAAACAAAAAACAUUGCUUCUCUUGCCUGGUUUGGAAAAUGUUGAAAUGAUGGAUGAAUCCAGCGUACCAUAUUCAGAUGCUACAGAAAAUUCACAAUUAAAUGUCAAGAUAAGUGGCAUGGAAAGAAAAUCAAGUGGAAAAAGAGAUUCCUUUUUGGCACAGACAAAGGAUAAAAAAGAAAAUACGAAGCUGUCGGCGAAACUGAAAUUAGAAUCUUCAUCUCCAAAACUAAAGAACAGUAAGCUUUUGGAAGAGGAAAAGUCUACGGACUUUGUGUUCAUACCUCCAGAAGGAAAGGAGGCAAAGGCAAGGGUUCUGACUGAGCACCAGAAAGAAGUUCUCAAGACGAAACGGUGUGAUAUUCCUGCCUUGUAUAAUAAUCUGGAUGUUUCACAAGACACUUUAUUUUCUGCUCAGUUUAGUCAAGAAGAAUCUAUGGAAAGCCCCACUUUAACUGAAAAACCAAAAGAAGAUACCAAGAUAAUAAAGGAAGAGCAAACAGAGAGUGCAGCUUUCAUCCCUCAAGAUGCUGUGGAAAACUGUGGUAUGAAUGAACAUCCUGAAAAGACUUCAUUACCAAAUGACUGUGGUUCUGUUGCUGAAACCAAUUCAGAAAUGCUGAGCUCUGGUAUUGAUGCUACAAAAAAUACGUUAAUUGCAUCAAAGAUAAUGUCAGCUGAAUGUUCAUCUACUACAGAAAGUUCACUGGUCAACAGUAGUUCAGUUUCUAAUACCACUGUUUCUGGAACUCCACAGCCUACAAGUCGGAGGCAAACUUUUAUUACUUUGGAGAAAUUUGAUGGUUCAGAAAAUAGACCUUUUAGCCCAUCCCCUUUAAAUAACAUGUCCUCCACUGUUACAGUGAGAAAUAACCAGGAAAACACAACUAAAACUGAUACGCCACCAAAAGCAAGGAAAAGAGAAAUGACUCACUCAAAAUCUGAUUCAGAAAAAUUAGUGAAUGGAGGUAAGAAAUCAGGCCGGAGGUGGAGUAAAGCUGAGCCGUCAGCUAAUAAAAAGUGUAAGCCUUCCCUGAGGUCUGAACAGGAGGAACAUGUAUCAGAAAAUACCUCUCCUGACUUGCUUAGUCAAACAGAAUGUGAGUCAAAAAAUCACGACCAUCCUUCUGAAGCUGUCCUAGACCAUGAAGGUAGAACUCCUAAACCAACAGUAAAAAAUGCUUUGUUGGAAGACUCAACUACAGAAGAGAAAAACAUAGGCAUUAUUAUGGAAUCUAAAGAAAAUACACCUUCGGUUCCAACACCAGCAGAUCAAACAGUAAGUGAAGAUAGUCAAGCUGCAGUAGCUGCAAAUCCAAAAACCCUCAGACGGUCUUCAAGGCGGCGUUCAGAAAUGGUGGAGUCUUCAACUGACAGCCAAGAUAAGGAUAAUGGUCAACCAAAAAAGGAAAGACGGAAGGAAGAAGAAAAAGCAGUUCCAAAGAGUCCAUUGCAUACAAAAGAUGACAAGUUGCCCAAGCAAAAACUAACUGCUGAGUUACCUAUACAGGAUAAUUUAACUGAAAAAGAAAGUAGUUUACAUGAGAAAACUAUAGAGGAACCAAAUGUGAAUGCUGAAAUUGACCAAAAUAAAAGAAAAUCAGACCUUGAGGAUGUUAGUUCUGAGGGAGGUAGUACCCAGGACAAUGUAGAAAAGUCAUCCGAGAAACCUUUGAGAGGACGUACACGUUACCAGACAAGAAGAGCAUCUCAGGGGUUGCUUUCCAGUGUUGAAAACUCAGAAUCUGAUAGUUCUGAGGCAAAGGAAGAAGUUACUAGGAAGAAACGAUCUGGAAAAUGGAAAAGCAAAAACAGUGACAGUGUUGACGUUGGAGAACAAGAAGAGAAAAUGGUCCAAGAGGAAUGUAUAAAAACUGCAAAUGAGACACAUGAUGGUCAGACAGUUCCUGAAGUUGAUGUAGAUGCAGUGGCUCAGAUUUGUGAAGAAAGUACAGAUAGGGUAAUCCUUCAGGAGUCUACUGGGUCUUCAGAUUCACUCCAAGUUACUGAUACACCAGUUACAGGUGAGGACUCAAGUAAGACUAGCAAGUGUGUAGAUAACUCAUUUGCAAGUUCACCUAUGCCUGAAUCAAAUCUCAGAACUAGGAAUGCCAGUAAGAGAUUUCAUAAACGAGAUAUUGAUAUUGUAGGUGAAUGCUCAAAAAUGGACACAUCAGACAUUUCAAUGCCUUCUGAGAAAUGGACACAAGCAGUUGAAUGUCAACAUAAGAGAAGCAGGCGAGUCAGGAGAUCGAAGAGCUGUGACUGCUGUGGGGAAAAAUCACUGUCCCAGGAAAAGUCAUUUAUUGGGUUACAGGACACAGAGAGUUGUGCUAUAAAGAGCAUGGAGACAAACACAGAGAUGCAAACACCAGAGACUAUACCUGAAACUUGUGAUGCUAAUGAGCACACUGAAACUAAGUUGGUAGAUGAACAACCUAUCACAAAUUUUUAUUUGGGUCCUAAAGAAGAGAAUUCUACUGCUGGUGAUUUAACUAGGUCUGAAACUGCAUCGGAAGAAGAUAGGAAAAACAUUCUCCCAUCAGAAAUAGUAAAUACAGAUUCUAGUGAAAUAGUAUCUGAAAUCCAAGAGCCACGUAAUGAAUCAUUUAAUGCUGAAGACCCAUGCUUAAGUGAUUCUAAGGACACUUCACGAAAAUAUUCUUCAGAUAACCAAGUAGAAAGUCCAGGCGCUGUUCUGAAAAAGGAGUUUGACACCAGCAGUGUAGGGAAUGUAUGCAAAGUAAUAGCUGGAUCCAACUCAGAGGAUGUUGAAGCUAUGGAAUUCGAUGUAGGAGAUGUCAAGUUUGGAGCUUCCUCCUCUGAACAGAAGAGUGGCCAACUGGAUGUUUCUGUAGAUAUGGCAAUGGAGGAAGAUAAUAAAAAAGAUGAAUUUGAAGCAGUCACAACUGAAGUGAAUGGUGAAGGAACAGCCACUGAAGGCUCUAAUUUUGGUAUAGAUCUUUCUGGUAAAACCACACCUGUUCAGACUGAGCAUCUAGCAAGAGUGAAACUAGAGCGGAUAGGCUCGUGUGAGGAAAUGAGCAAAGAAAUGGAAAGUUGCAAAGCAGUGAUAGCUCAGUUGACUGAAACCGACAACACCGGGGAAAAGGAUAGGAGCAUGAUUGUUAGCUCCUCUACAUCUGAAGAACCAGUUGGAAGACUAGAUGUCCAAACUGAGAACUUUGUUUGUGACAUACCUGAAAAGAGUUGUGAAGAAGAAAGUUUUUAUCACAAAAUUGAAAGAAACAUUGAACUUAAUAAAUUGGAUGAAACAAAAUUGAGUGGCAAUCCAACUGGAGUGGGUAAUGAUAAUCUGCAGGAAGUUUGCCCCACUUCAGAGAAAGUGGAGGAAUUACCACAGUCUCUGACAUCUGAAGUGGCUUCUGAACUGGUAGCAGAAAGCAAUAAUAAUGUUUCUCCUGAAAAAUUAAGAGAGCUGGAUCCUUCAUUUGGAUCAGCAAAUGAAAGUCCUAGUGGUAUGCAGGCACGCUGUGUCUGGUCACCUUUGGCUUCACCAUCCACAAGCAUUUUAAAGAGAGGACUUAAAAGAUCCCACGAAGAUGAGAUCUCAUCACCAGUUAACAAGGUUAGACGUGUCUCGUUUGCAGACCCAAUAUACCAAGCAGGAUUGGCAGAUGACAUUGAUAGGCGUUGCUCUGUUAGGUCUCAUUCUUCAAUUAGCUCUCCCAUAAUAAAAAGUGUUAAAACUUCACCUACUUCACACUCUAAGCAUAAUACCACUUCAGCCAAAGGAUUUCUGUCCCCAGGAUCCCAGAGCCCUAAAUUUAGGAGCUCAAAGAAGUGUUUAAUUACAGAAAUGGCUAAAGAAUCCAUGCUAUCUCCAACAACAGAGAGUGUUUACCCAGCUUUGGUGAACUGUGCAGCAUCAGUUGACAUCAUUUUACCUCAGAUUACAUCAAACAUGUGGGCAAGAGGUCUAGGACAACUUAUCAGAGCCAAGAAUAUAAAAACAAUUGGUGAUUUGAGUACUCUUACUGCAUCUGAAAUAAAAACUCUUCCUAUUCGCUCUCCAAAGGUGUUUAAUGUAAAAAAGGCUCUCAGAGUGUACCAUGAGCAACAGAUGAAAUCUCGUGGACUUGAAGAGAUUCCAGUUUUUGACAUUUCUGAGAAGGCAGUAAAUGGAGUAGAAAGCAAGCCCCUCUCAACUGAUGAAGAAAGGCUUGCCUCAGAUUUGAUUGAUCCUGUGACUUUAGACACCCCGUUGUCUAAAAAUCUUAUGGCACAAAUUAGUGCUCUUGCUCUUCAACUGGAUUCAGAAGAUCUCUACAGUUACUCUGGAAGCCAGCUUUUUGAAAUGCAUGAGAAACUUGGUACCAUGGCAAACUCAAUAAUAAGAAAUCUACAGUCACGUUGGAGAUCUCCAGCCCAUGAAAAUUCUUAGUAUUUUAAAGAGAAAUAUAAAGCUUUUUCAACAUCAGAUUUUAUUUUUUUGGCUUUUAAAAAUACCUGGCAACAUUUUAAAAAGGAAACUUUGCAAAGUCGAUAGAAUAUCAAAUCCUGAAAGAGAAUGAAUUAUUAGGUCAGUUUUCUAAGUUCGUUAGUAAAGAUAUUCCCUACUGUAUUUUCUUGGCCAGUAUACAUAGUUUUGUAAGAAAUUUAAAUGUUACUGAAACUUGAAAGCUAACGAGAUAUAAAUACUUUUUUUCAUACUUUAACUCAUGCAUAUUUUGGUGUAGCUCAUAAUACAAAUAUUUUAAAAUAGAAAAGUUUUAUUUACAAUGUAUUGAACUGAUAAAGGUGUUUAUACUUUUCAAAAUAUUUAUAUUUGUUGUGCCUGGUGAAACACCUGUACUGAGAUGCAAAAAAAUGAGAGCUUUUCCUUCAGAUAACACCUGUAGAAAACCUUUGAGAGAAAUACCAAGUUUCAACUUGUUGGGUGCAAAAUAAAAAUGCUUAAUUUACUAACAUUCCAUGCAUUUAGCAUUGACAAAUAUUUGUGCCAGCAGCAUUUGUCUGUGAAAAUGUGCUCUUAUGAGGUAUAGUGUUCACUUUUAAAUGCAUGACUGUUUGUACAUUGUGUAUAGAAGACUGCUUUUUUAAUUUAUAAAGUUCAACUUUCCUUGAUUGCAUGAGUUUCUCCAGCUUCUUGUGAAUACCUUUUUUUUUGUUUAAUAGAAACAUUUGUAUAUAUUUAAUAUCAAAAUAUCCAUAUGGAUAGUAAAAGUACUUCAUGGACUUACUGUGGAUAUUUGUAGGAGUCUAUCUACAAAUAAAGCAACAGGUAGUUUUGUAUUAAGUUAAGACAUGAGUUUAUUUUCUUAAGUGUCCAGAGUAAUUAAAAUUAUUGGAACCAGAAAAUUUUACAUGCCACUACCUUUUUGUUUUUUCUUUUUGUGUUGUUUUCUUUUGGUUUGGAAGAGAAUCCCAGCCGCUAGAAAAUGUGCCUCAUUAUGUUUCUUCUUAAUGGAGAGUUAGCAUGGAUAUUUUCAUUGCAGAAUUGUACUGUAAAACGUCUAUAGAGAUAACUGGUUUAAUUACACACUGAAAACUAAACGUGGAAGAAAUUUGAGACUGCCCUUUUUAUAUGUAUGUUUUGUCUAGUUAAAAAAAUAGGAUAUAUAAUUAAACCGUUUGUAAAUUUUACUAAAUCGUUAAUGCCUGUCUUCACAUAUGUUUUAUCUUUUUGUUUUUGAGAUAUAGUCUUAGUGUAUCCCAGGCUAGGAGGGGGUAAGGAGACACUGCACCAACAACUCAGGCACCUCGAGUCAGUGAGUAGUAUAUAGUAUAGUAUGCUGUAGACUCAUUUAUUCAGGAAGUUAGACCUGCCAUUAUACGUCCUUCCAAGGUCCUAUUGACCCAGACUGACUUUGCUGUGUUGUCCUUUCCUCAUUGGAAGUCAGCAGUCUCUGUGCCUGCCAUGCAUGCUCAUGUGGGCUGGCCUGGGGGCGGGCGGAGGAUGGGCAGGAGCGUUGCAGGGCAACUGUGUCUUGGGUAGGCUGGCCGCAGUUUCUCCUACAAACUUCUAUGAUCCUUCUGCAGCCUUUGCCUCCAGAGUUCCGAGAUUGCAGGUGUUUGCUACCAUGCAGUUUUAUGUUUUUCCAAAGGAUGUAUCUUGCCUGUUUUUCUGAAUAAAAUCAGUGGGUAAUCUUAGUUUCAAAGUUAGUUUAACCUCCACUGCAAUUGUAAAGUCUUUUGUAGUUUAAGGUCUCCUUUUUCCAGCAGAGACCCCCUGCUGCCCCUUUGACCUCUACAUGGACAUGGUGCACACACGUGUACACAUACACACAAUUAAAAACAUUCUUACUUUCUGUACAUAAGUGUUUUACUUGGCAUUUGCAUAUGUAUACCAUGUAAAUACCUGGUGCCCAUGAUAGCCAGAGGAAGGCAUCUGAUCCCUGGGAAAACCAGAGUUAUAGGUAGAUGUGAGCAACCCUGUGGGUGCUGACAAUCAAACCCAUGGCAUCUGAAAGGGCAGCAAGUGCUCUAACCGCUGAGCCAUCUUAAUCUUUUUUUUUAAAAGAAGCUAGUGGUAUGCAAAGCAUAUUUUUCAUGUCUGAACAUAGUGGAGUUUGAUCAAACUGAGUUUAUAACUGAAGAUGUUGCUCUGUUUCAGUACUAAAGGAUCUUACUCUGAAUUUCAAAUGUGGAUGAUGAAUCCGAUUAAUUAGGUUAGUACAGUUGUUAAAUAGGACUUAAGUCUAAAGCUUAAAAGCACAGUUGUUCAAUGACAUCGCCUUUGGAUUCUUGUUUUUUUUCCCCCCAGUACAACUUGAAAUUAUCCAGGAAUCCACUAACAUAUUUACGGGUCAAUGGAAUGUCAGUCAUUUAAAAUGUUAAUGAUUAGACACUGAACAUGAUGGUAACUUGUGCCCUGUAAUUGCAAUACUUGGGAGGCUUAGGCAGAUGAUUGCUUUGUGCUAAGUUCAACCUGGUCUACAGAAUAAGAGUCUGUUUUAAACCCAUAAAACAGGGGAAAAGUAGGGUCUUAAAAUAUAUAAGUUCAUGUUAUGUUUUGUAAAUGUUAAUUGGAGGGUUUUGUUUGGUGUAAGGCAAAAACAUGAAAAUAAUAAAGUGCUGGUUGACAGUACUGUCCCUUACUGCAGUGCCUUGCUUCUCUCUGAGAAUGCUCAGGUUUCAUUUCAUUAUCGUGAUUGAUUUUAGAGCCUGUUGUUCGCCAAGUCAGGCUAUAGAACAGCUAUUGUCAUUGGGGUGGUGCUUGACUGGGGACUGGACUGGAACUCACUUUGUAGACCAGUUAGUCUCAAACCCACAAGCAACACUUGCUUUAGCCUCCCAAAUGUUUUGAUUAAAGGCAUGUUAAUUGAUUUUGAGGUUUCUGAUGACUCAGUUAAUGGUUAUGUCUGUUAAUGUACCUGGCUUUAUAUAUUGCUCUUUGGAAAUAUCCAUUAAAGUCCAUGUCUUUCAAAUUUAA